AUGCCUAGGACGUGCAAAAAUGGGCAAGAUUGUAGAAAAUAUAAAUCAUAUGAAAGUGUUGAAGAUAAAAACAUUUCCAUUUUUCAGCCAAUAUUGCUGGUUGGAAUGAUUUUUAUGUUUUAUAUAUUUUACUUUCGUAUAUUUAAAAGAAGAUAUGACAUAAAUAAUGAAAAUUAUAGAAGGAAAAUAAAUAACAAAAACACCAGCGGUAAACCCAUCAUUUCCUUAUGCUUAAAUGAUAUAGUGAUAAAGGUUAUUGGUAAUAGUGUACAUGUAGUUGAAAGCGCCAUAGAACCAUUUAACAAACUGUGUUUAAUUUCAGAACUUUUUGUAGUUGCUCAAAUUUCAAAUGAUGUACAAGAAAGAAAUAUAAUUGAUCUUUUUAAGAGAUUGGGUUUGUUUGAUAAAGGUUUAAAAGAACAUCGUCUAAUGUUUUGCACAACGUCAAAUGGAAGAGCAUCAAUGAUACGUCAGUUAUGCCCACUUACUCAUGUUGAUAAUGAUGAAACUGUAAUAAAAACCUUAACAGGGAAAAUUCCAAAUGUUGUUCAAAUAUAUGGAAACCUAAAUACCCCUGACCAUUCCAACUUUUUUACUUCCCUACAAGCCUUUACUCAAGUUAUAUGUGCUGUUGCAACUGUGGAAGGUAUAAAUUAG